UUUGGAUAUAGAAUGUGCUGAGGUCAGCCGGCCGGCAGAGGGCGCUGUUUAGGAAGGAGGAGCUGCUGAGCUGAGCGUGGGAUUGUGUAUUAUCAGUCAGAGCAGAACACACGUGGGUACCGCAUUUGCACGGCUCAGAUUGCAGGCAGCUCCCAGAGAUGGCAGAGACAGUUCUAGUGAUUGGAAGCGGGGGCAGAGAACAUGCUCUGGCUUGGAAACUGGCGCAGUCUCUACAUGUGAAACAAGUGCUCGUUGCACCGGGGAACGCCGGCACCGCAGGAGAUGGCAAGAUCUCUAACACAGCUGCCCCAGUUGGUGACCAUGCCAAGCUUGUCCAGUUCUGCAAAGAAAACAACGUUGGACUGGUUGUUGUUGGGCCGGAAGCUCCUCUGGCAGCAGGGAUUAUCGAUGAUUUGACUGCAGCCGGGGUGAGGUGUUUUGGUCCCACAGCCAAGGCGGCGCAGCUUGAGGCCAGUAAGAGUUUUUCCAAAGAUUUUAUGGACCGACAUGGCAUUCCAACUGCCCGCUGGAAAUUGUUCACUGACCCCAAGGAAGCCUGUAGCUUUAUUAUGAGCGCUGAUUUCCCAGCACUGGUAGUCAAAGCAAGUGGCCUGGCAGCGGGGAAGGGAGUGAUUGUGGCCAGCAGUAAGGAGGAGGCUUGCAAAGCUGUGAAUGAAAUCAUGCAGGACAAGGCAUUUGGAGAUGCGGGAGAGACGGUGGUUGUGGAAGAGCUGCUGGAAGGGGAAGAAGUCUCUUGUUUGUGUUUCACUGAUGGCGUCACAGUUGCUCCAAUGCCCCCAGCUCAAGACCAUAAAAGACUGUUGGAUGGGGACCUUGGUCCUAACACAGGCGGAAUGGGAGCCUAUUGUCCAGCUCCACAGAUUACAAAAGAUUUACUGGAGAAAAUCCGAGACACUGUCCUGUUGAAAACCGUGAAUGGAAUCCGUCAGGAUGGUGCGCCGUAUGUUGGUGUACUUUAUGCUGGCCUUAUGCUGACCAAGGAUGGCCCCAAGGUGCUCGAGUUUAACUGCAGGUUUGGAGACCCUGAAUGCCAGGUGAUUCUCCCUCUCCUACAAAGUGACCUCUAUGAUGUUAUCCUGGCCACUAUUAAUGGCAAACUGGCCAGCUGUAUGCCCGUGUGGCUAGAGAGCCAUGCAGCUGUUACAGUAGUCAUGGCCAGUGGAGGCUAUCCCUCUAAUUAUGCCAAGGGAUUGGAGAUUACUGGCUUCCAAAAGGCCAAAGAGCUGGGACUGGAAGUGUUUCAUGCUGGCACUGCCCUCAAGGGUGGAAAAGUGGUGAGCAGCGGAGGGAGAGUUCUAACUGUCACAUCCAUCAAGAAGGACCUUGUUGUGGCCCUGGAAGAAGCUAACAAGGGGGUGGCAGCCUUACAGUUUGAAGGAGCCGUGUAUAGAAAGGACAUUGGUUUCCGGGCUAUUGCUUUCCUUAACAAAGCCAGGUCCCUGACAUACAAGGAUAGUGGAGUGGAUAUUGAAGCUGGUAACUCUUUAGUGAAAGCAAUUAAACCAUUGGCUGCAGCCACUGCCAGACCAGGAUGCAACGCAGAACUCGGAGGAUUUGCUGGCCUGUUUGAUCUGAAGGCUGCUGGGUACGUCGAUCCCAUCUUGGUUUCUGGGACUGAUGGCGUUGGCACAAAACUGAAGAUUGCACAGGCCUGCAAUAAGCACGACACCAUUGGGCAGGACCUGGUCGCUAUGUGUGUCAAUGAUAUUUUGGCGCAGGGGGCAGAGCCGUUAUUUUUCCUGGAUUAUUUUGCAUGUGGGUCCCUAGAUGUGGCGGUGGCUGAAUCUGUGGUUUCUGGAAUAGCUGCAGCGUGCAAAAUGGCUGGUUGCGCCCUCCUAGGGGGUGAAACGGCUGAGAUGCCGGGAAUGUAUUCUCCAGGAGAGUAUGACCUAGCGGGCUUUGCUGUGGGGGCCGUGGAAAGAGGCCGAAUGCUGCCACAGUUGGACACAAUACAAGCCGGAGACUUGGUUAUAGGAGUUGCCUCCUCUGGAGUUCACAGCAAUGGCUUCAGCCUUGUGAGGAAGGUUCUAGAGAAGUCUUCUCUAGAUUUCUCCCAUUCGGCACCAGGAGGCUGCGGUGAUCAGACACUUGGAGAACUUCUGCUGACUCCAACAAAAAUUUACAGUAAGACCCUAUUACCUGUUCUGAAAUCUGGGAGUGUGAAGGCCUAUGCACAUAUUACUGGAGGAGGCCUACUGGAAAAUAUCCCUCGAGUCCUUCCUUCAUCUGUUGGCAUCUCACUGGAUGCAAGUUGCUGGAAGAUUCCGGGAAUCUUCUCCUGGCUGCAGAAAGUGGGAAACCUGUCGGAGGAAGAAAUGGCCCGAACGUUCAAUUGUGGGAUUGGUGCAGUCCUAAUAGUGGGGAAAGAAUUGGCCGGACAGGUUCUGAGAGAUGUGCGGAGAGAAGAGGAAGCCUGGAUCAUCGGAGCAGUCACCCCAGGUCCCAAAGACUCUUGCAGUGUUGAAAUAAAAAAACUGAUGGAAGCUUUUGCCAGAAGCAGCUCUGAGUUGAAGCAGUUUGUGCCUGAACAAACCUCCAGCCUGCAGGGGGCAGCACACAAAGUGCGAGUGGCUGUCCUCAUCUCUGGCACAGGAACAAAUAUGGAGGCCUUAAUAACAAGCACUAAGUCAUCACACAGCGCAGCUUCCAUAGCCCUUGUCAUCUCUAACAAAGCUGCAGCUGGAGGACUGAAGAAAGCGGAAAGUGCUGGUAUCCCUACAGUGGUUUUGGACCAUAAGCAGUACAGCAGCCGCCUUGAGUUUGACAAUGCCAUUGAUAAAGUCCUUCAGGACUACUCCAUUCAGUUUGUCUGCCUGGCGGGAUUCAUGAGAAUUUUAUCUGGACCCUUUGUUAAAAAAUGGGAGGGGAAGAUUCUCAAUGUCCACCCAUCUCUGCUGCCUUCAUUUAAAGGAGCCAACGCACAUAAGCUGGUACUGGAAGCUGGCGUGAGGGUCACGGGAUGCACUGUUCACUUUGUUGCUGAGGAAGUGGAUGCUGGGGCUAUAGUGUUUCAGGAGGCUGUUCCUGUGGAGCUGGGUGACACAGAGGAGACCUUGUCAGAAAGGGUUAAGAAGGCGGAGCACAGAGCUUUCCCAGCAGCCCUGCAGCUUGUGGCCAGUGGUGCUGUCAAACUGGGAGCAGAUGGCAAGCUGAGCAGGAGUUUGCCAAAUAGAUGCUAAGCUUUAUCCUUGCCGGGGGUUUAUAUGUGAAUCAACAAUCUUCAACUGCUUCAAAAAUCUUUUUGCAUUCAAGAUCCGGACUUCCACAAUGGCUGCCUGCUAAGAAGAUGCUAAAGAGACUGUAAUAUUUCUCCGCGUACCUUACACACUUAUCCGCUAUUUGCUGCUUCUGUCACACUGGGCAUCUGCCAUUAUUGUUAUUGCAAAGGAGGCACCAUGUAUGCAUACAUUAGAGAAAAACAUUUAGGUGGCCCUCAUAGACAAUCCACUGUCUUUUGCCAGGUACCCAGUGGGGGGUAGUUUUUCCAAUCUUGUUCAAUACCCGUUCUAAUACUUUGAAAUAUUUUACUUGUUUUGACUACAUGCACAUCGACCUUGUGUCUGUUAAAACCUUGAUCCAUUUAUUUGUCCUUCUACAGUUAUUAGUCUUUGAGGUUUUGCUUAUUGCCUGAAUAUUUUCCUGUCUCCAGAUAUUUGUACAUAAUAUAUACACAUGAAUGGUGUCAGCCAUGUUCCUUGCCUAAGCAGAGAUAAGCUUUUUGGUCCAAGGCAAGUGAUGCAGCACUUUCCACUUAUAUAUAUAUAUAUAUAUAUAUAUACACAAAUAUACAGAUUGCCAAGAACAAAUUGGAACCCUUGGAAAAAUAAAAUAUAGUCAAGGGCCACAUGCAUUUUAGGCCUCCAGGACGAAAGGCCUGGUCUAAGAGAAAACAAAUUACCAACUACCAUCACAGGCCUGAUCCAAAACAUAUAGACUUUGGGAUGGCAAUUACACUUAACAAAUGCAAACACAAGGGAAUUCAAAAGGGUCAAUAAAGUUGACACCCUCCUUCCUUACUGGGUCUUUUAGUUGCUCCAAGUGUAACUAAAGUUGGGCUAAACAACUAGAUAAUUCCGAUAUGGCCCAAUGCAUUGGUGGACAAAUUGGGGAAAGUUCUGCUCAUCUAAUGAGCUGGGCCAGAUUGGGAUGGUCCAGUUAUUUGGCUUCUGGGCCAAUUAUCAGACCUCAAUGGGGGCCUAUUAAUACUAUCAGGAGAGGACUACAUUAAAGUGCCAUGUGCUCCUUGUCCAUUGAUAGAAUAUAGAAGCAGAAUGUGUAUAACAAAUAUUAUUGUUGUAUGACCCGGCUGCCCCUUUUUUAUGCUAAUGGAACUUAAACAUUCCAGCCAUUUCACUUUAGUGCUUCUCUAAUGGGAAACUGUUUUUUCUUUAAAUUGCCUAGUUUAAAAGACAAUUGCAUAGUAGGCGCAUAUAGCUUUGUACAAAUCCAUUGGCACUGUAUCACUAAUACACAUUUUAUAUUUGCUUGAAAACAAAUAGGGAUGCACCAAAUCCCCUAUUUGGGAUUUGUCUGAAUCCUUCAUGAAAGAUUCGUCCGAAUCCUAAUUUGAAUAUACAAUUUAGGGAAGGGAAAAAGUGGGGUACAUUUUUUUUACUUCCUUGUUUUGUGACAAAAAUGUAUGUGAUUCCCCUUCCCGACACUAAUUUGCAUAUGCAAAAUUGGAUUCAGUUCAGCCAGGCACGAGGAUUCUGCCGAAUCCUGUUUAAAAAGGCUGAAUCCCAAACUGAAUCUUGGAUUCGGGGGAUCCCUAAAAACAAUCCAACCCUAAGCCCUGCUUUUUUGAGGACCCAGAGGAUGGAGCUGAGAUCUUGUGACAGAAAGGUCGACUUAAAUUUCCAAUUAAUCAACAGUAAUUUGCACUCCCGUUGUUACCAAUCCCAUAACUCUCCAUAAAUCGAAAUCCCAGCCUGCUCCCCUUUAGUAUCUAAAGUAUUUAUUGGCUUUCAUAAAGCUUAGGAUAUUUCCAGAGUGCUCUUGCAUUUCUGUUCUAGAAGGUCUUAAUACUUUGUUUCAGAAUUUCUUGAUCCUAAUGUUGCAUUCAGUAUGUUACCCGUUCUGACCAUGGCAGUUUUUCACAAUAAACAACUCUGUUAACAGGC